UCACGUGCACGCGGCGUGAUCCGAGCGAGAGGCAGCCGCGCGCGUUCCCGCUUUUUAUCGUCGGUCGAGCUGCCCGCGCGCCGCAAAAGGAAAAACAGCCUCCGCAUGGAAGCAAGCGCUGCCGCCGACUCCUCGAGUAGCUCAAAGAGUACGCGAAAAGAAAGCGCUCGCACGCAGCAGCCAUGGCACCGCCGGUACCUAAAAACGGCACGGACGCCGCCGACGAGGCGUCCUCGUCUAGUCGGCCCCGCAUCGUCCUUCCCUGGAGUUUGCGGCAACAGUGCCUGGACGAGGUGGGCCGAAGCGUGUGGCGCUGGAGCAAGAGCCUGGACGAGGAGUCCGAGCCACGCACCCCGACUACGCCCAUCGCCGACAACCCGUUCGCCGAAUGCCCGCUGCACGUCAGGCAAGACCUGCUGGAGUGCAUCCUGGACGACGAGGCACGCAGCCCGGCCGUGCGACGCGUAGCCGAGUUGCUGUUGGUCUGUGGCGUGGAGGCAUUCGACUUGAGCUGCCUCGAUGACUGCAGCAUUGCCGACCUGCAGUUCAUUCUCGCCCUGCUGCAGGAAAACGGCUCUUCCCUCUGCCAGCUGACCGUAUCGGGCCUCUGGAUGUACUCGCCGGAGAGCGAGGAAAUUGUCAAACGCCUCCUCACAUCGGCCCGCAACCUUCGUGUGCUGCGCAUUCAGGAGAUAUACAGGGACAAUUUGGAAGUUUUAGUUAGGUCAUGUCCAUUGCUGCAGCGUCUGGAGGUAAUGCAUCAUUCGAUAAACGCCGAGGACAUUGCUUCCGUGGCCCAAAUCGUUCAACGCGAAGGGCUGUCGAUCCAGCGCAGCCUCAUGGAAGUCCGUUUGCCGUCGUCCGUGAACGGCGAAGGCGUGAUCAGUCUGAUCGAGACGUUUCCUAACCUGCAAAUAAUACGCUGCGUCUACCUCGAGGCAGUGCUGGACAGUCUAGAUGUUAGGGCCAGCACGGGCAGUCGGGAAUGGUGGGUACGGAGACUCAGCCGUGUCCACGCGCUGCAAAGUGGCCAAUCCAUGGGAUCAGGAAGCGUUGAAAGGCUGGUCGCAUGGUUUCCAGGCUUGGAAGAAGUUGUACUGCACGUACAAGAGGACAUGAACGUGAGGGAAUUGGCUAAGUUGAAGCGCCUCCGCUCGCUGGAACUCAGGAACAGUCAAACAAUACCAUCUUCCUACACCGACGACGUGCUACCACUGCUGGCUUUAUGUGGGAAGCGGCUGUUACGCCUUGGGCUCGAACACUUCGACGUUGUUGACCUUGCGAGGACUGACAUCAUGUGCCCCGACCUAGAAUCCUUGUCACUGCGUUGGUUCAUCCUUCUGGGCUGCACAAGCCCUACGGUGAGCUCAAGGAUGGCCGCGGCGAGGCCGUUCCAGAACCUGAGGGAGCUGCGGCUCCGGCCCCGCGUUGGUCGCGCCGUACCGCGAGAGGCCUGCGAGCUUCUGCUGUCGCACUGCCAAAACAUCCGCCACUUGGAGCUUUUCAGCUGCACCGGGCUGACGGACUCGUUGGCCGCAGCCCUGUGCAAGCGCAACGGGUUCGCUAGUCUCAAGACAGUGCGGCUACGGCACGGCCACGGACUGACUGCCAAUGGACUGCAGUGCUUUCUUUCCAGAGCUUCCAAGCUUAAGUUCUGGAAUGCAGGCAAGAUCACGCGGAGAUCAUCUCUUAGCGACGAUGACGAAGACGUGGACGCGGGAGGUGACAUCGUCGGUGAUCACUGACGUGUUUCUGUGAUAAAAUGCCCCUUUUAAAUUACAGAACAUUGGAGUAAACGCCGCGUGAUAAGGCCUACCUACGCCGUAAAUUCAAUGCAAUUUUGUGCUUUGUAACAUUAUUUGUGUUGCUGUUUGUUUAUUGAUUGCGUGUUCUAUGUGUUUGUGAUCAAAUACUGAUUGUGUCCUGUGUACCUGUACGGCUAGCGGUCAUCUUUUUUUUUCGUUUGCGGCGUAUGUCGCCAAUGAACCUUUGUUUCUAGUCUCUGCCAAUCUUAACGAUUAUCAGAGAACUUUGGUGCAGGUUUUUUGCUAUGCAGCAACAAACCUGUAGCUUGAAAGCAAUGUGCACUAUUAUAGAUUGUUUUCCUUCGUUCAGUGGUGCGCCCGUUCGCUUCAUGGCUUCACGUAUUUGUGUUUUUGCUCGUCUUUUUUCGAAUGGCGCACAGCGUGCCACGGUGAUAAGGGCCACAUGUUUCUCGUGCCAAAUUGUUUAACGCUCUAUGUACAAACUUUAUCUGAUUUCAUUCCAAAGGCUUUUGUGUACGGACUGACGCAUCAUGCGGGGAACUUACUACAUCUACUAUCAUGAGUGUUGUUCCGUGCCUGUGAAAAUAAAUGAGCUUGAACCUUC